AUGCAAUCAAACGCUCAAAAUGAGUGCAAAGCAAGUGAUGAACAAACUAUUGAUAACACCAUUAAUGACACGACAGGUCACACCACUUCAGAUGACACACAACGCGUGAUGUCCAAAAAUCAGAUGAAGAAACUGUUGCGACACAAGAAAUGGUUGGAAACGAGACCUGAGAGGAGACGACAGGAAAAGGAGAGAAAGAAAUUGAAGGCAAAGAAGUUGAGGGAAGAGGGCAUCGAAAUGAAGAGCAGAAGCGCUCUUCGCAAGCAAUGGAUCCCAAUGAGUGAAUCCAAAUGCAAAUUGAGGGAAGAGGGCAUCGAAAUGAAGAGCAGAAGCGCUCUUCGCAAGCAAUGGAUCCCAAUGUCUGAAUCCAAAUGCAAAGUCUCUGUUUGUAUUGACUGUGACUUCGAGGACUAUAUGGAGGACAACGACAUGAAGAAGUUAGUCAAACAGAUCGGCCGGUGCUAUGCCUUCAACAGGCAUUCCUCAGCACCGGUGCAGCUGUACAUCACAUCCAUUAAGUCGAAGAUCAAAGAGGCAUUCGUGAGAUCACAGCCCGGAUUCGCCAAUUGGGACGCCAUUUGUGUGGACAGGCAUUGGAGUGAAGUGUUUGCAGACAAACAGAAAGUGAUUUAUCUGUCGAGUGAUUCCGAGGACAUAAUCCCCGAACCAAACAGUAUUUGUGAGUCCAAUGACUAUGUCUUCGUAAUCGGAGGACUAGUCGAUCACUUGUCUGUAUUUCCUAACACGGUAGCUAACCGACAGGUUGUCAGACAUUUUGUGCCUUCUGAAGGCUAG